AUGGGUUCCGAUUGUAUGCAGCCUGGCAAGCGUGGCCUUACGGUAUCGGUCGUAGUGCUUGGUGGCGCAUGCUUAACCGUAAUGUUAGCCUAUCUGGCCUUCGGUGACAGUACGGAUGAGUCGGGCCUGCGAACGCUUCGUAUGGUGAGCAUCAUUUUCCGCCACGGUGACCGUUCACCGACCGAUUUCUACCCGAACGAUCCGCACCGGAAUCAUCACUGGACGGGUGGUUUAGGCGCACUAUCUGAGAAAGGAUCGCAGCAGAUGUACCAGUUGGGAAAGUUGCUUCGACCACGGUAUUAUCGUCUGCUUCCCCCGAACGGUUUAUACUCCAAGGAACACAUGACCAUAGUAAGCAGCUAUGCAGAGCGAUGUAUAAUGAGCGCGCAGAGCUUUAUAGCCGGUUUUCUUCCACCGCUGGAAAACACCAAUCCAUUACCGAUACCAUGGCAACCAGCCGCUGUUAAUGUGUUACCACGCGAUCGAGACACGAUUUUAGCUCAAAAGCAACCCUGUCCAAGGUAUGACCAAUCGAAACAACGCUUACUAGCUUAUCCGCCCAAGGAUGUUAGGGAACUGUACGAAAAGAAUGCGGCACUCUUUCGUACGUUAAGCCAAGGGACGGGCCAAAAUAUAAGCACCAUUCUCGAUGUGGAGCUGCUGUACAACACGCUCGAGAUUGAAAAGGCGGCUGGUCUGGAGUUGCCCGACUGGACGGAAGGCAUUUUCCCGCAAAAAAUGUUACCGAUUGCCGAGCGUAGUCUGGCGCUGAUCACCGAGUUACCGUUGAUGAAGAAAAUUAAAGGCGGUGCGAUCGUGGCCGAACUGCUGGACAAUGCAAUUCGGCGACGUUCCGGUAUACUGAUACCGGAACGUAACAUUUUCAUCUAUUCCGGUCAUGACGUAACGCUGGUAAACUUUAUGCGAGCGCUGAAUGUAAUCGAACAGACCACUGGCAAGCCGGACUUUUCCGCUGCGAUCGUGUUCGAGCUGCACCACAGCAUUACCUUUGAUGAUGAUUUUGAGGUGAAGUUGGUGUACUUUUUCAACAGCGACGACAAGUAUCCGAAGGAGAUCGAAAUACCGAACUGUGAAAGUCCUUGUUCGUUGACCAAGUUUGAGCAAGUGAUGGACACGGUGAGGUUGAGAAAUUACGACGAAACGUGUCAGUUAGUGUGAAAAG